UAUCUGUCAUGUGACGUUCAUUACCGCUGUAUUCGUCACGCGAUGUGAUCCUAUAUAUGUACAGUAACGUUUACAGUUUAGAUAUCUCAGAUACGUUUUGUGCCCAUGAUGAUGUGGCCCUUAACUCCAGCCCGGGUGCUGAUGGGCUUAGUCGCAGUGUCCACCGUCAUCCAGCAGAGUAGCUCCCAAACCACCACUCAAGACACUGUAAACUAUGCGGCAGCUAACCUCGAGGUGACAGCGAUCGUGCGGACCAACCAUAUCAUUGGCCAGCAGUUUCAAGUCCAACUUCAACUUAAAAACAGAGGAACAAACCGCAUUCUGGAUGACCCUAACUGGAGGAUCUAUUUCACGAUGAGACAAGGCAGUUCCCUUACACAACGCGAGUUCACAGAAAACGGAUUAAGGAUUAAUAGAAGUAAAGGGUGUUUCUUCGUCAUAUCUAAGAAUCCUGGAGCAAAUCCGCCGUUCAAUGGGCUCAUGCCAAACGAGAAUUCAACUAUUACAAUGGUAUUGAGAGGACUGUCCGUUUUCAGAUAUGACAUCGAUAACAAUUUCGUAAUGACCGCACGAAACUUGUAUCCUCGAACGAUAAACAGCACUACGGAUAAGAACCUUGGCUUUGUUUUUCUGGACCCAGUCAACAGGACGGACGACUACUCCACGAGGACGCCGUACGAUCGAUUUAUUGGGUCCCAGGGAUACGCUGAUUUGCGUGGCCUCGGCGAAAGCAUGGUGCUACCGCGACCCAAGACACUAGUCACUCCAGAAAUGGAGGCCAUGGCAUCAAUGAUUGCUCCGCCGCGCAUGCCACCUCCCGCUCGUCAGACUGUUGUGGAUCUAUCCGAGAAUCAGAUAAAAGUCCAGUUUGACACAAGCAUAAGCAACGUCUUCAAGGCAUAUUUUAAGGAACAAUUUUUGUCGAUCGAUGGUGUAACGCCGAGCCAGCUCACAGAGGUAAAUACGCCAGCAGGACCGGGGCUCUAUGUUUCCGUGGAGCUUACCGCGGACCCAACCAUGACGGCGGACGGGUACAGGCUUGUGAUUAACGGUACCGCUCCCAACCGGAAUUACAAUAUCACACGUCUCUCGGCAAAUACGGAGACAGGAUUGUGCAACGGUGUCCAAACAAUCAAGUCCUUGGCUGGAGUGUUUAAUGUAAUUCCAAUAGUAAACAUUGACGACGACGCUGACACAAAAAGAAGAAUGGUGAAGCUGGACGUCACAAAGAACUUCAUCCCAGUGCCGCAUUUGCAGAAGUUUCUGGACUUCAUGCACAUGUACAAGUACAACGAACUGGUCCUCGUUUUUGGCUCAGACGACGCCAUGCGAAUUUCGUUCAACAACGAAAUCAAUGACUUCCCUGAACUAGAAUUGUUCGGUUCAAACUACUGUAACGGCAAAAAUAUUCCGAAGUGUAACCCGAAUUACUACUCAGGAGCUACCGACUUUUCAACCGCCAGUUCAGGCAUUUACACUACAGAAGAUAUAAAAAAUCUAGUAGAGUACGCCUAUAGGAAAAACAUUAACCUUGUUCCACGUGUAAAUAUCAUCGGAAGCCUUCGGUCCGCAAAAAAGGCCUCUCAUUUAAGGUUCAAGCGACUUGAAAGCAUCGACAAAACAAGUGCUGAUCGGUUCCAUCUGAUGUCGAAUGAGCCUUCAAUGGCCAGCCCGCCCGGCUCAUGUUAUAAUGACGGCGUUCUAGACCCCUGCAGUCCGUCUACAAUAAACUUUGCCUUCGCCGUAAUCGAUUACUUCAAGUCCAUAUACAGCGUCGCCGGUGUGCCUUUCACCGCCUUCCACGCCGGGGGAGACGGAUUCACCAAGUUUUUCGGCCAGUUUGCCAGCUGUCAGGCUAUGGGAUACAACCAGGCCGCAUCACUCAAUUACAUUUUGAACCAGCUGCAGACGAAGCUCUCCGAUGUCACUCUAAUGGUGCAUGAGCAUGCUGUUCUUGAUAUCAACACCGGCACGUGCUUAGAGAAAUCAACUCGUGUGGAUUUGGCUAAGUUAAUUGUCGAGUUCACGGAUAUGGCUCCAGGCUUGAUGGAGGAUUGGAACCUCACAUCCGAACAAAAACAAUUCUUGCUCAGAGAAGUCCGUCCGUAUAACGAAAGUGAUCCCAAUGACGUGCCGGACGUGGACAGGAGGUUUAGCGGUACGAAGAAAGGAAUCGCACCCUGGUCCAAAUGCUACGACUGCGCCAACUAUGGAUACAAGACAGUCCUUUCACCAGAUAGCUUCUUCGAUUUUUCCAAUCCUUACGAGCUGGACUUCAACGAGCCUGCAACACACAAACCGGACGGUUUUUACAUCAUUGACCUGGGACGUUUGAUGGACUUCGAGCCGUACAACAUACACAUAAACAUGGGCACCGCAUCUUCGGGAGCCACCUACCUCCCAUAUCGCUUUGCGGAAAUCUUCAAAACCCCUACUUUAAUGGCCCGUGAAAAUAUCGUCGGUAUGCAGGCGAGUCUGGACAUGCCCUUGGUCCGCAACGAGUAUCUUCUCGAGUACAACUCGCUGCGCUUCAUCAUGGCCGCCGAGAAAAUGUGGAACCGAGGAGAGUUCGAGAACCUUCUGAAGGCUGAGGAUUCGAGUACGCUGAAGAACAUGACAUUGGGGCAAAUGCGGACGGCGAUCCGACAGUCGGAGUAUGUCGACAUCAUAAACACAAUGGGCUACAAGGAGCUUGGUCGACUCGAUAAAUUGGGAAUCACCUACAGGAUACCAAAACUAGAGGCUCACAUCGACAACCGUAUGUUGGCAGGACAGAAACCCCCGUACCCGGUUAUUGCCAAGUCUGACCUUCCUAACAUCCCCGUCGAGUACCGCAGGUACAACGGGGCUGGCGAUAACAGUACAGCCUGGAGUGCGCUGUUUCGUGUGGACCCAGCAACAGGAGCGCGGGUUGGCGGACUCUUUGUUCCAUUCCCCUAUGGUGGCAGUUAUCAAAUGCGAACUACGAAUCCACCAAUAGAUCCCUUCGUCCAACCAGUUGGCCCUAGGAAGGGAGAAACCUAUUAUUUUGAAGCAAGUCCAAAGAAUUACGCCCCGAAGGAAAUCCCGCCACCGCUGAGAGAAGGUACAUGUAUGCCUAUCAUGGAGCCUUGGAGUACGAACUUUGAUACUGUGACAGACGAUAAAUGGAGAAUUGUUCUCGAUAACAUCGACAGGCGUAUUACAGAAGAUAUCGAAUUCAGGCGAACUCGACAAGCCAAUCUUACACAAAGUAUGAUCCGUUUCAACGCUUUAAACAGAAGGAACGAGAAUGUAAAUAACGUACUAGAAAACAUAAUGCGUCAAUUGCAAGAGGGAGUUAAUAUCACUGCAUUGCCAAUGUCGAAUGAACUUAAGUAUAUUUAUGAAGCUGACAAAGUACUUCAUGAAACCCGUGAUCGUCUUCAAGAAGCAAAAAUGAUAAGGUGGGAAAGAGAAUAUCAAGAAUGUUUGGUCCCUAGAAACCGUGGCAACGGUGCUCCAAACAACGGUGCUCCAAAUCGACAGGGUCGCGCUAUGGCCGGGUAGGGUUGAUGCGUGCGGUCGCCGAAUAUGAGGGCUGCUUAAUAACCAUUCAGUUUAUCCAUUUUUUGUGUUGUUGAUGUAUCCAGAGCGUUUUAUGUGCUUGUUUAAUUCCGAGUGUUCGGUAAAAGCGUCUUCUUGAUUAACGUACGUAUUGUUGGUUAAAUAAAGAUUCAAAAAUGAAA